AUGCCGACAGUCUAUCCUCAGGCAAACUAUGCGCAAUUCGGGAGUGAUCCCAUGGAUGUGAAGUGCGAGUAUGUGGGUGAGGACUAUGAUGACUGGAUGGAGGACCACCCGCAUCCAUCAGUAUCACAAUCCAUGAUAUCGGCCACGGCCAAAACUACCUCAACAAGAUUGGUCUCAGCCACACCUACCCCUUCUGCGACGAGGUCGGCCACAUGUGAAGUGAUCUUUGAAGAUGAACUCUCUUCCACGAAGGACUGGAUGUACAAGGUGAUUGUGAGCGGAGAUUGGGCCACACAGGACGCGAUCAAGUCUGGCAUCCAAGGCUGCGUGAGCAACUCCGACGAUCUUACGGCCUGGAUUUGGGAAGACCAGGGAGAUGGAACCUGGAUGGCUGCAAGAACUUUUUCGGACGAAAACUGA